AUGUGGCCCGCAAGUACAGAGAGAGUGAAGUCGAAGGCGUUUGAAGAGGAGCUGGAACUGGUGAUGGAGAACGUCUUGAAAGGCAAAGUAGAGAGCAAGCUGCAUGUCAUGUUUGAGCUGAUCUACACAUUUGGAAAAGAACGAUUCGGAACUGCUAAAGAGAAAUUCGGACAACCCAUGUUUGGCGGGAAUAGAAGACUGCAGAAGAUUUCAAACCUAAGGGGAGAACUCAGACGCUUGAAAAGCAGAUACAGGCAAGCAGAGGAGGAGGAGAAACAAGGUCUGGCUGAACUGAGAGACGGUGUACGAAAGGAGAUCCAGUGUUUGCGGAGAGCAGAGAUUCUGCAGGAGGCAAACAAGUACAUCAAAGAUAUGUACAGUGACAGUGACCGUCACAAGGAACUGGGCGAGUGCGACAAGUUGCUCACACCAGAUGAGCCUGAACACGACUUUGAUUGCGCAGAAUCUAGGUUGCAAGAAGUCAAGGACAUUGAAGAAGGCCAGAGCGUCUUCAGCACCAGGACUCAAUGGAGUACCAAGCUUAUAAAGGUUGUUCGGAGGAAAGGAGAGCUUUGCAGAGAAUGGUUGAAGGCAGAGGGCUGUUCUAUUCCUAAAGAAGAGGAUUCAUCAACCCUUGCUGAACGUGGAGGGGAAGGUACUCCUCGCUGUCCUUUCAAAAAGAAUGACAUGACCUCUUAUUUGCUUCAGAACAAGUACAUCAAAACAGCUGUGCAGAAAGGAGGAUUACCCGGCGUAUCUGGCAAAGUCGUACGUCGAGGGAAGGUGGAUGCUGCAAGACAUUGGCAAACUUAUCGAGAGGGCCAGUUCAAACCCCAGAAAUCAAGGAGCAUGGUUCUGAGGAAGGGAAAGAUUCAAGAGAGUGCAAGAUAUAGAAUCAAAGAUAAGCUCAUCCCGACUGUUAAGGAGCAACCAGUGAAGUGCCUCGGGAAUUGGUUUCGAGACUCGCUCAAUGAUCAACAGAGUAUCAGCGACACGGUAAUGCAAAUGGAGAAAUUGUUGAAAGAUUUGGACAAGUGUUAUCUGCCAGCAAAAUUCAAGGCCUGGAUUUACCAACAUGGCAUCCUACCACGCCUAUUGUGGCCGCUGCUGGUGUACAGUGUACCGUCAUCAACAGUGGCAGCAAUGGAGAGGACAAUAAAUUCAUUCCUCAGGAGGUGGAUGGGAUUGCCAAAGAGUUUCACCAGCCUCGGUUUGUACUGCACAGGCAGCAAGCUGCAGAUACCUCUCAGAUCACUGACGGAGGAAUACAAGGUCACAAAGGCUCGGAAAGUCAUCAUGCUACGAUGCAAGUAG